AUGCCGAUACUUACGGAAAUCCGGGCUCCUUCUGCCCCACCUUUGCGGCCACAGGCUGUGGAUGCCCAGAAUGGUAACCUGGCCUUGCACAUCUCGGCGCAAAAUGGCCACAUGGGGCUGACCAGCUUCCUGCUGGAAAGCCGUCGCCUGGCAGCGAUAAGAGAGCUUGCCUACAGGCCUUUAGGUGCGAACGUCAACGCGCAGAACUUCAACGGCCAAACAGCCCUGCACAUGAGCGUCGAGUAUGACAUGUACUUCCAGACCAAGCUCCUUCUCGAUGCAAAAGCAGAUCCCAACCUCGAAAACAGUGGUGGCCACAAAGCACUGACAGGCCUGGAAGGCGCCAAGACCGGUACAGAUGCCUGGGACAAUCCCAUGAACAUCCUCAAAGCCGCGAGUGACACAGAAGAAGAGCUCAAGCUGGCAUUCGAAGCGUUGGCUGCUGCCGACGCUAAGGACUUGGACCGGGUCGUGCUGGCUCAGACAGGCAUGCGCAAGCGAAAGCAGUGCCCACAGCACUGGAAUGCGGACCGCUUCAAGGAGAUCAUGCAGAAGUUCUGA